AUGGCCGGCCUCGAUGAUAUAACCUACUCAGCCGACGUGACAGACGUCGGGCUGGAGCCGCACACUGAGGCAUCUCCUCUCGACCACAAAUACCUUCGUGCUAGUCACGAUUAUCAACCCCAACAAACCACCAUCUCAGGCUCGUCGGGUGGCAUCUCCAUUACCGCACCUCUGCGAGAGGGCGAUAUCCUUCUCAUACACCUCGCGCAUCCGAAUGGCUGGGCAGAUGCUACCAUACUCUCGACCGGUACCCGAGGCUGGAUACCUACCAACUAUUGUCAGAUUUACGAUCCUCGACCAAUGCGUUUGCUCCUCCAUGCAUUGAUCCGAAUGUGGGAUUGUUUGAGUCUGGGCACAAACGACGAUGCUUUGUUCGAGGAUAGGCAAGACUACGUUCAGGGUCUCGUCGCUGGUGUUCGACGCUUGCUGGAACACUGCGACUGUCUGCACAGAGAUGACGCCCCAAUCAAGAGACAUGUUGCCUUGAGACGAACGCGAAAGAGUCUUCUGACAGACCUCUCCAGCCUCCUGAAGAACCGCGAGGACAUACACAACACCUUUUCCGACUCUUCGGAUGCCGUUGUGUGGUCCGCCGUCGACGAGUGCUUGUCCAAUGCUUUCAAAAUUGUAUACAGAGGUGCUCGUUUCCUCGAUAUCUGGACCCAAAGCACUUCUCCGAAGCCAAGACGAUCAAGUGCUCGUUACAGUGACGCCUUUCAGAGCCCCCGGACAGCAAGAGCAUCAUAUCAUGCAGGCCUCUCGUCUUCUCCGUUGCCCGAUGUCGAUGAGCACUCGAUCCAAUCAUCUCACCCUGAUUCCUUGAAGAAGGCUCCAAGGUUCCAGCUCAGAGUCUUAGAGUACGACGAGACUUCACGAGAUGCGAAGGUUGUCGACGAGCAAUUUGGCCCGGAGAUGACCUCAAAUCCGCUACAAGAGAUGAUGUCGUUUGACACUCCGUCGUCUAUCGCUUACAACACGAAGCCCACAGUCAUGAGCACAUUCGCUCUGACCGAAGGAAAUGCAUCUGAUUUGGCAUCCGAACGCCUCACAGCCGCACAUGAACAGUUUCUAGGCGAUAUCGGUGCCUUCAUUGGCCUCCACCUACAGUCUGGGACUUCUCUGGAUCUGUCCACGACAACAAGACUUUCCAUAAGAGCUGCUGAAGAUCUACUAGAGGUUGUAAAUGAGAUAUCGAAGCGCAAUGUCAGUCGAUCUCAAGGCACCGCGUCGGCCGCCGAGAAUAUGCGUGCGAAAUUGGAGACACUCGCAGACACUGCGAGCCGCUUGUGCAGGAUGUCACCGGACCUGGAUGAGCCGGAAACUGUAGGCGUUGUGGGCCCUGAAGAUGGUCGAGGACUUGUGGCUGCAGCGACCGCUUGCGUCAGGGCGGCAGGUGACUGCACCGCAAAAACACGAAAGUUUCUUGAUCAUGUAACCGGUGACUUCUUCCUCUCCUCUAACACCACACAAAGACAACAUGAAAAAUCGGCCACUUAUCGCUUGAUCGCACCACCUGGGGAGAUUGUCUCUGGUGAUUGUUCGGAAGCCGCUGCCGGUGCCGCUAACCCGCAAGAUCGCAAUUUGGCCGAGGCCAGCCUUUCAAUCUCAAUACGAGACCUACCACAGAGACCUGCCUGUCUCUUACGCUCAACCACCGAUGAUAGCAACAAUUUCACCCUCUCUACGGUCUUUCCGGAUGGAAAUAUGAGAAGACCUGAUACUUCUCCACCACUGAUAAUAUGUGAAUCUCCCACCUCGCCGACUUCACCAACAGCAUCAGAACCGCCAUUGCAACCACCACCACCUGCAAAUGAGGCCGAGCAACACUCACAGGACCACAAGGAGAACUGGACUCCGCCUGACCGAAAGGGAAGUCUCGGAAUGUCUACAACCGAAAGCUCGAGCGCGUACCAAGAUAGCUUGAGGAAUUCACUUGGCAGUGUAACUUCACCAACAUCAACCAGAGCCACAACCCCUGAUCGGUGUCAGCGACACGUCCGAGCCAAUCCGAGUCUUUGCACUCAUGGCAGUGUGUUGAGUGUCGCGACAACCGCCGACGGCAGUGAUCACGAUGCCGAAGUUCUGAUGAGGUCGUACGCUCACGAGUUGCUGUACAACAAGGAUGGACAGAUCGUGGGUGGGACCCUGGCAGCUCUCGUUGAGAAGCUCACGAGCCAGCAUGCUCCGCCAGAACCUGAAUACAACACAGCUUUCUUACUCACGUUUCGUCUUUUCACGAACGCCGUGGAGCUGACGGAGGCGCUGAUCACCCGCUUUGAGUACGCCGGGGAUUGCAACACAGACAGUUCUCCUGCACGUCUUAGGGUGUAUAAUUUCUUCAAGACGUGGCUCGAGUCGCACUAUCUUCCUGAAAGCGACGCGUCUGCUCUCAAAAUUAUCCAUAAGUUUGCGAUCGAACAACUGAGCGUCCAAUUCUCGGGACCAGGCCAACGCCUGGCUGAGUUGAUCAAGAAAGCAUCUCAGGUUGAAGUAAACAGUACGACAAAUCAGCUGGUCUCUGCUGUCGGCAAGACCUGUGUUUCUUUGAGCACCGACUACGAGAAAACCAUUAUACCUCAUGCCAACGUCAACAGAGAACAGUUGUACCUUCUGACAGGCGGUGCUUCUACCAAGAAACUCAGUCUCUUGGAUCUGGACUCUGUUGAGAUUGCCAGACAGCUCACUAUCGUAGAGUCAAAGAGAUUUUGUGCUAUACGACCUCAUGAGUUACUUGGUCUUGAGUGGACGAAGAAAAAUGGACGCGCUGAGAAUGUUUUGGCGAUGUCAAGAUUUUCGACAAAUCUCACAAACCUGGUUGUGGAUACUAUACUCGCUGCUGAUCAAACCAAGAAACGCGUCGCUGUUCUGAAGCAUUGGAUCAAGAUCGCGAAGGUAUGCCUCGAUAUCGAUAAUUACUCGGCGCUCAUGGCGAUCGCGUGCUCUCUUACUGCUUCGGCAAUCUCUAGACUCCGCCAGACAUGGGACCAACUGUCACCCAAGACAAAUGCCAUCUUCGAGGAGAUCAAAGAAGUGGUCGAUGUGUCACGCAACUACGCUGCGCUCAGACAACGUCUCCAAACACCGAAGGCUCCGUGCCUACCAUUUGUAGGCAUGUAUCUUACCGAUCUCACCUUUGUGGAUGUUGGCAACUCAAACACCCGGCCUCUGCCCUUUGAGGAUGAGGACGGUACCGAAUCGCGGACGGUAAUCAAUUUCGACAAACACAUGCGUUCCGCACGGAUUGUGAGCCACCUGCAACGUUAUCAGGUGCCUUAUCGCCUUCAGCACGUACGAGAGAUCCAGGAUUGGUUGGAGAUGCAGCUCGAACGGGUUAACACGAGCGAUCAAUGCACUGUGAUGAGCUUCUGGCGGCGCAGCCAGGCAUUAGAGGCACGCAGCAAGGGAGAAGAACGCCCCGAGUCAACCGAGGAGAAGGAGAAGACGUUCAGCAGUGGCUUUGUGAGCAACAUGCUUCGACCCAAGAAUAAAGCCAGUUCAUCUGGACUCAAUGCCUUCCUUCACCGAGUCAAGACAGGAGGAUCGAACAACGAAUGA